AUGGUCGUUGGGCAGAGUGCGCCAAUGGCGCACUGGGACCUGUUCCGGAAGAAGCCGAUCAGGCGGCCAAGGCCCAGCGGCUCUGAAUGCAGUCCCCAGACGGCCACUCCCCUGGCGCCGGCGCUGGAGCCGGGCUACCUGCUCGAGUUUGACCGAGACAUGCCGUUCUCCAGGAACAUCAGCAGCACGUCGGAAAAGAUGGAGCGGACCCUGAGCAUAUGGGACCUGAUCGGCUUCGAGAUUGGCAGCAUCAUCGGGCCCGGGAUCUUCGUGACCACAGGCCUGGCGGCGAAGGUGUAUGCUGGGCCUGCCAUCGCCCUGUCCUUCGUGGGCGCAGCCGCGCUCUGCGUGUGCGCGGGGCUGGUGUACUGCGAGUUCGGGGCGCGCAUACCGUCCGCGGGUGGGGCCUACGCCUAUGUGUACAGCUCGCUGGGCGAGCUGCCGGCCUUUGUGGUCGCCGCCCUGAUGUCGCUGCAGUACUUCGGCGUGGCCUCGGGCGGCUGCCGCGCGGCGGCCAACUACAUCGUGCACUUCUGCACCUCGGUCGGGCUGCCCCUGCCAGGCUUUCUGUUGGAUAUCCCAAUAUCCCAGGGCAUCAACUUGAGCCUCCUCGCUCCACUCCAGUCAAUCUUGCUGACAAUGAUAAUCAUGAGGGGCACCAACAUGUCGACAGCAUUCGGGAACAUCGUGGCAACGGCUAAUGUCAUCAUGAUCGUCAUAUUCAUAGUUGUUGGCCUCAUGAACUCUGACACGAGCAAUUGGACUGACGACUUCUGCCCAAACGGUGCCGCCGGUGUGCUGUCGGGCUCGUCGGUGAUCUUUUAUGCGUUCAAUGGUUUCGACGCAGUCGGUACGCUAGCAGAGGAGAUCCCUAAUCCUGAAAAGUUGGUGCCCCGGGGGCUGCUGGGAUCCCUCGCGAUUGUUACAGUGGCGUACGUUGGCAUCGGUUUUGCCCUCACAGGAAUGGUGCACUACAGCCAGCUGGAUGAUGUCGCACCUUUCGCCCAUGCGUUCGUAAUGAAAGGUAUAUCGUGGGCUUUCUACAUGAUUACGUUUUCAGCCGUGCUGAAUUGUUGGGCAAGUUCUUUUGCUUCGAUCAUGGCGCAGCCCCGCCUGCUGUACGCUGUUGCAAAGGAUGGACUUAUCCCUUCCCCGUUCAAGAAGAUUGAUCCCACCACGAAGACGCCGCUGUGGGGUACUGCAUUUGUCGGUGGGUUCACAGCUUUAUGUUCCGGCAUUGCAGACUUCUCCACUCUGGCCAUGACAGUGUCUUGUGGCAUCCUGUUGGUAUAUGUAUUUGUUGGCGUCGGCCUGCUGCGCAUUCGUUAUUCAAACGUGUUCGACACAAGCCGGGUAUACGAGAGCAUGUUCGACAUCGCUUUGCCAGUUUACACUGGUAGUGUGUUUAUCGGAUCUUUGGCAUCUCAUCAAGGCUACGCCAUGGCGACGUGGAUGUGUGUUUCCUUGGCAGCUGUUUCCGCUGGUAUGUUCGGCCUCAUUUGGGCAAAGUGUGGUGCAGGUACAACGGCGGGCGCGCAGUUCCUGUGCCCGGCUGUGCCGGUCGUGCCCCUCGUGUCCAUCGCCGCGAAUUGUUACGUAGCACUGUCCCUCGGGCUGGGGCCGCUGGUGAACGUGGUUGCGUUCGUGCUGGUGUGCUCCCUGGCGUACGUCGCGUACGGGGCCUCGCACUCCAAGCUGGCGUGCCGGAGCGGCUUGCGGAAAGCGUUGCUAGGCAACGGAAGCAAGGCGUCCUGA